GAAAAGAAUACUAGACUUUACCUUUUACCUUUAGCAUAACGUCUUUCUUUCUGAUCGGAGUAUUUUAUUUCGUCGUCCUUUAGAUUUAUUAUAUGUUAAGUAUUGUUUAAUCCAUUAGUACGACUGGCAUAUUUGAAGUUGAACUGAUUUACCAAAAAUUACCGUCGUCGCCCUUCCCUGCGAUUUCAUCACUGCCCUCCUUCUUCGGUUGCAGACUAGGCAGAAACCCUAAUCGCCAUGGGAGAUAAUCGUCAGUCUUUUGUACAUCAUGCUCUUGGUGGCGGCUCAGUGGCGGAUGUACUGUUGUGGAGGAGAUGGUGUGCUAGUGUUACUCUGCUAGUCAGUUCCACUGCGCUUUGGAUUUUGUUUGAGCGAGCUGGAUAUAAUGUCCUUUCCUUUGUUGCCAAUGUGAUGUUGCUUCUAGUUGUGAUUCUCUUCUUCUGGGCUAAAUCUGCCUCACUUCUUAACAGGCCUUUACCUCCUAUCCCUGAUUUGGAGGUUCAUGAGGAAUCUGUGGUAAAGGCUGCUGACAUGAUGCGUGUUUGGAUCAAUCAUGUCCUGAUGAUUGCCCAUGAUAUUGCUAUUGGUGGGAAUUUAAAACUAUUUGUUAAGGUUUCUCUUGUCUUGUGGCUUAUAUCUUAUGUUGGUAGUUUCUUCAACCUCCUCACUUUCAUCUACAUGGGAAUUCUUUUUAGUUUGUCUGUGCCUCUGCUGUACGACAAGUAUCAAAAUCAAAUUGAUGACAAGCUUAUUAUAGCACAAAAGGUCAUUCAGACACAGUACAAGAAAAUUGAUGAUAAUGUACUGAGAAAGAUUUCAAGGUCUUCAAAUAAGGAAAAGAAGACUCAGUAAAACUGAAGUGGGGUUGAGUUAAUUGCUUUUGGAAUGGCUGGAAUUGCUGGAUGAUUAGUGGUUAUAUUAGGUGGAGAUGAAGGUCUUGAAGGGAUUGUACAAAGUUUGUUGAGUGGUUUGCUAGUUGCCACAAAGAUCUGUAUUUCCUCCUAAAAAAGCUCUGUUAUCUGGUUUGGUAAGGCUAUUGACUCUAGGACCUGUAAGGCUGUUGAAAGAAAGAUCAAUUGUAGCAUUGCUGGUAUUUUCUUGUCAAAUCUGGUGAUACUAAACCAGAUUACUUGUUUGAAGAUAAGUUCACAAGUAUUUCAAACUAUCACCACCAAAAUCAUCAGGCAAUGUUCCAUUCAACAAGUUAGAAGUAAGAUCCAACACUUCAACAAACUGAAAUCGACUUGGUACUGCACCAGAAAAUAGGUUUUUCCUCAAAGGAACAACUUUUAGAUUCUGCAAAGAACUUAGCUUUUGUGGGAGAUUUCCUACAAAUGCAUUGACAGAAAGAUUUAGAACCUUUAAGCUCUUCAACCAUCCAAUAGACUCAGUUAGCUCACCAGAAAUAGCAUUGUUCGACAGUUAAAGAACUUGAAGUUCAGAAGCAUUGAGAAGUGAAACAGGAAGUGUUCCAUUCAAGAAACUAUUUGGAAGUUUAAUAGUAUGAAGAUGUUGAAUAAAGCCUAAUUCUUCUGGAACAGAACCAAUAAGCUUAGAAUUUGGGAAUUGGGAAUACUAAACUAAUGAUUCUAGACAUGUCUGGUGCACAAGUUACACCAGUCCAUAAACAUGGAGUUGCAUCAUUAUAGUCCCAAUUAUCAAGAAUUAAUAAAGGGUCAUCAAGAACAGAGUAUUUGAAAGACAACAAGAGAGUUCCGAAUCCUUCGGGGUGGCCCAGUGAUUUGAGCUUGGGACUUCCAGGUUGGAGUCUCAAGUUCGAAACCCCUUGCCAGAGAAUUACCUCUCCUAUGUGGUUUGCAAGCUAUUGCAGAGCGGGGUUUUUACCCUGUGCGCACCCAAAGGAUAGUGUCUGCAGGUUUUCCUUGUCAUUUAAAAAAAAACAAGAGAGUUCCAUCUAUGUUGAGACCAAAUGAAGGACACAAAAGAAAGAAAAAGACCCCAAAUGAUCAGAAAGAAUAGUACUGCUCUGAGAACGUCAUCAUUUCUUGAACUGAUUAUUCAUGAUUACAACAUAAUACUACUAUAUACAUAAGAAGAAAGAGGAAGAGGUAAACCAACUACUAGAGAAGUUGUGUUGGUGACCAAAAAGACAGCAAGGGAUGGAGAAGUGUACGGCAGAAAAAAAGAAAAGUGUUCUGGUUCACUCUGUUACAUAGAUGAUAAUAUUGAUAUGUAUAUAGUAGUAGUAGUAAAAGGGUACUUGAGUAAGUUCGUGAAAACAAAGUGAAUGGCUAUUAUUGAAGUACUUCGUUUCUGUCCUCGUUCUGUUCUAAAUUUAACUUAUUUGUACUGAUAUUGUUAAAAAGUUUUCCUUUAUCA